AUGCACCGAGCAGCUUUCAAGGAGGAGAAAAGGUGCGCCACGAGGGACUUCAUCAACAACAACAGGGCGAAGUUCCUGCUGGGCAAGGACAAGAGCAAGGACGUGGCGAACAAGGCGAACAUCACCUUGGCCGCGUCUCCGCCGAAGGACAAGAACCACAUCCCGAUUUGGCGAUGCUUGCGGUGCCAGUUCUCGAAUUUCGGCUUCAGGGGCUGCUGCAUGCUGUGCGCCGAGCUCCCGCCUGCUGGAACGCAACAGCGACAGGAAGCUGUUCGGCAGGAGGCGAUCCAGAGCAGCCAGACCCAGCAGCCCAACCAGAAGCAGUUCGAGAUGGUGGACACCAAGGACACGGACCCGAAGGACAUGGCGGUGACUUGGGACCCGUACAUGACGCAUGGGACGAGGGAGAUAGAGGAGCAGCCGCCCCCCAAGAGAAACAGGUGGUCAGCGAUCUCUCCGGCAUCGAAGGAGAUGGUGGGGGAGGCCCUUUUCUGGAGGAAGUGGAUCUGCAGUUCAGGCGCUGGACUCCAGCGGCGCCCCCCAGUACCAGUACAAGAGGGACAUCAUGGACUUCGCAUUCUCGGUAUGGCGCAGGUCGUGCCCACCGCUCGUGAAGUUCAGCGACCCCAUCGGCGAUGA